UAUUUGGAGGAAGCGGCUUGGCGAGAUGAGUUCCUGUUGACAGAAGGUACCUACAACCAUCUGGUUGCUAUAAUCAGCAUCAAUUCCAUCUCAGUUUUACCAACUGUGCUGUUGAAUGCUCUGGUGAUAUUUGCUGUCGUAACAAGGAAACGUUUGCGAAAUAAAGCGACAAUCCUUCUGGCGUGCCUGGCUGGGGCGGAUCUUUUGACAGGGUUGGUGGGACAGCCGAUACGAAUAGCGACAGAAGUGCAGCGAAUAUUGAAAAAGGGGACAUUUUGUAGCGUUUUGGAAAGAGUAAGCACUUUAUCCUUAAUAUGGCAUAAGUUCGCGAACUUAACUCAUCUUGUGUUAAUAACUGUUGAUAGAUACAUUGCUAUUAAAAAACCAUUAAGGUAUCGAGAUAUUGUUACAACACGGCGAGUAACUGUCGCUGUGCUUUCAGUGUGGACUUUUGCAAUAUUUGUGGCAAUAUCAGAAGUUAUCCUUUCUGCAGUGAAUAGUAGCGCAAACAUGUACAAUAUUUAUUUAACCAUGUGGGAAUUAGUGCUCAUCACUGUUACGGUGUUACCUCGAUUUCCAUAA